CAGUGGCCCCGUGCAGGUUCGGGGCGUGGGGGGCGCCGUGUCCCCGCCUGCGUCUCUCUCUCUCUCUCUCGCUUCUCCUUUCCGCGGAGAGGUUUUGUGUCCGUGUCGUUUGUCGUCAAAGAAGAGACGCCGACGGAGUCGCCCUCUCGCCAUCACCCCCCGGGGUGUACCUGGAGACUUUAACACGCAACGCAACUCCGCAGGAAUAGGCGAGCUGUGGGGCUAAAGCGUCGACGUCUUCAUCAUCAUCAUCAUCGUCGUCUUCUUCAUCAUCAUCGUCGUCGUCUUCGUCUCAAUCAACACGUGGAGUCCGGGCGCUUUGUUGCUGCAGUUCGUGACAUCGCCGGACGGGCCACGGGUGUCCGAUAUGAGCAGCGGGUAGAGAGAGAGAGAUCGAGGAAGAAGCCACUGCAGGAGGCGGUUAAAGAGGUGCGAGAGACAGCGCGAGGGGAAUGGGCGAGCCCGGGACCUCAUCGCCACGGCACCACGCCGCCGCCGCCGCCGCCGUGACCGCAGGAGGCGGUCGCUUACUGCGCCCCGUUCGCCCCACGGCGGAGGCGCUCGCCAUUCGGGGUCCGUCCCCAGCUCGGCGUGACGACGACAACGACCCCGACCGCUGCCGUAGCGGCGGCGGAGCGACCGGGGAGCGAGCGGCGCGGGGAGACCGCAGAGCGUCGCGAGAAGCCGAGGUCGGGGCUCCGUGGCGAGCGGAGCAACGGGGCGGAGGGGACGAUUGGGCCGGAGGAGGAGGAGGAGGCCGCGCCAGCGUCCUGCGGGAGGAGCGGCCUGGAGGUCGGCAGACACUCGGCGGCGCGAGGCAGGAGAACGGCGUAAGAAGGGCACAGCCUCCGGGGGAAGACGAGGGAGAGCCCAGGAAAUGGAAGAGAUGGGAAGCCAGGAGCCCUGCCCAGGAGGAUGCCGGCAGGCAGGAGGGAAGAAGACCUGCCCUGUCUCCGCUUGAGAGGCCCAGGGGUCAAGACGCACUCAUGGAAGCCGACAGUCCUCCCCGUGAAGGAUCGAGGAGCUUUCAAAGGAGGGGCACUGACGGCUCUCUGCAGGAGGAGCCCGCGGCUCAGGCGAGAAGAGGAUGGGCGAAGUCUCUCCAUGAAGACGCGAGGAGGUGCGAGAGGCGGGCAGCAGUACCGGCAGCAGCAGCAGCAGCAGGGAUUCCCGCCUUCGAGAAGUCCAGGAGCCAGGAGAGAUUCUUCGAUUCUGACGGUCCUCUCCGUGAAGAGCCUAGGAAGUGGGAGAAGUGGGUAGAAGCUGGGGGUUCUCUCCGCGAAGGCUCCAGGAGGUGGGAGAGGCAGGCCAUAGCUGGGGGUUCUGUCCGUGAGAAGUCCAGGAUUUGGGAGAGGCUAAUCGAAGCCGAGAGUCCUGCCCUUGAGAAAUCCAGGAGUCAAAGCAGGCCGAUAGAAGUCAACGGCUCCCCCCGUGAAGAAUCCAGAACAUGGAGGGGAAGAAUAGCCAUCGAACGUUUCCUGCGAGAGGAGGAGGAGGAACCCGGGACGAAGGGACUUAGGGGAUCGGCAGGUCAUCGUCUUGGCGAGCCCAGGGGUCUUGAAAGGCAAGGGGCUUCAACUUCCCUCCACGAAGAUUCCAGGAGGUGGAAGAGACAGGCGGCAGCCGGGGUUCCCCUCGUUGAGAAGUCCAGUGACGAUGAUAAACGACUGCAUUUGGAAAGUCUUCUCUCUGACGAAGCCAAGGGGCGGGCAAGGCAGGCAGAAGCUAGCGGUCCUCUCCGUGAAGGCUCUAGCGGUUCAAGGAGAGGGGUCGAGGCCGUCCUUCACGACGAGCCCGUGACACGUGGACAAAGAGUAUUAGCAGGCCAUGCUCUUGAAGAGCCCAGGGGUGUCGAGAGGCGAGGGGUGUCGAGCUCUCUCCAUGAAGAUUCUGGGAGGUGGAAAAGGCAGGCGGCAGCCGGGUUUCCCCUCGUUGAGAAGUCCAGGGAGUGGGAGAGACGAAUGGAUCCCGAUGGCCCUCCCGGUGAACUAUUCAGGAGUUCGAGAAGAACGGGAGCAACUGAGAGCUUCCUGCAGGAGGAGCCCACGGUGCAGGGAAAGAGAGGAUCGGUGAUUUCCCUCUCUGAAGAACCCAGGAGGUGGGAGGUGCGGGCAGCAGCAGCAGCAAGGAUUCCUGUCCUAGAGAAGUCCAGGAGCCCGGAGGGCCUCUUGGAUUCUGACAGUCCUCUCCAUGCAGGGCCCAGGAGAUGGGAGAAACGGGUAGAAGCCGGGGGCUCUCUCCGUGAAGAGUCCAACCGGUGGAAGAGGCAAGCAUCACCUUGGGGUUCCAUCCGCGACAAGUCCAGGCAAUGGGAGACAGAAGCCGACUCUUCUCCUGAGCCUCGAAAGGGCACGGACAAUCCCGUGGAGUCGGUGGGCCGGGCCCGCAUAGCCCAACCCUCAAUAAGGAGGCCCUCGCAGACGACAGGCGACCAGCCAGGGUCGCCGGAGAAAUUGCCGCGAAGAGACUUGGAGGUGUUGGGCAGUCCCAGACCGGGGAUGCUGCCGGCGCGAAUGAGGCUUGCGAUGCUACGAGAAAAGCUGGCGGCGGAGGGGAUGAUCCUGCAGGACUCAAAGAUGCUCAGGCGGAAAUCGUCGGUCUCGACCGGCAACGGGAACCAGAGUCCUGGGACUGGGGUACCAGCCGGUCAGGAUAGCCCGAGCGCCAAGGAGAGUGAGGAGGCCGAGGCUGCUACCAAGAUUGGGACCGGGGCUGAGACCAAGACUCGGAUAGAGACUAGGACCGAGACCGGGACCAGGACUAGAACGAGAACUGACACCGAGAUGAAGGCUGACACCAAGGCUAGGAUAGAGACAAGGCCCGAGACUGCGACCAAGGCUGAGACCAAGACUGGGACCAGAACUGGGACUGCUAUCGAGGCCCAGGCAGAGUUUUCACGUGGAGUGAAGAUGCGGAGCGGAUUCGCGUCGGAGGGAGACCGCGAUCGGGGGCAGAGGUCAAACCACGGGGUCGGAGUUCGUGAAGAAACGGCCCCUACCACAUCUCGCACGGCCGACCUCUGCUCGCCCACGGAGGACGUCGUCAAGCAGUCGGCCCGCCGGAUCAUCGGCGACUACCUGACCCAGCCUCGGCCCAUCCACAAACCGCUCCACGCCAACGACGACGGAGGCGGCCCAGAAGAUGCCCCGCGGGAGGCAAAGGCGCGACCGUCCGGCGAGAGCGGCAGCGGCUCGCCAGCGACAUCGAACGAGGGCGUUCACGGUGGCGGGGUGGGGGCCCCGCACGGCCGACGGGCAGCGGAAGCGGACGUCCCGGGGAGUCACGCUUCCCGGCCGACGGACGAUCGCUCGGCGGCGGCGGCGGCGCAUUCCGGGCGUCGCUACCGAAACGGUGAAACGCUGAGCCCGAGCCGUGGCGAGCGAGAGGGCGGCACGCUCAACGGCUCGGCGGGGAGAGCGGCGGCAGCGUCCGAGGGGUGCCCGGGAGGCCCGGCCGACGCGUCCGAUGAUUCGGUGGGCGAGGGCAAGAUCGGCCGGGAAGGCAAAGUAGGCGGCAGGGGGUCGUUAGCCCCGAAAGAGGAGAGCCACGUGGAGGGUCAGGGUUCGCUGUACAGAAAGGUGGGGCUACGGGGGCAUGGGCAAAUGGUCGGCACGGAGGAAGUGGGACGGCAAGAGGAGGGCGCGGGACACGAGGAGCUUGCGUACCGCAAGGGACACUUCAAAGGCCCGGCGUUGGGGCACCUCGAAGGCCCAGCAUUGAGCAACAAGGAAGGGUUAACGUUCCCUCAGGAAGGCCUAAGGGAGAAGGACCUUGGAAAUGUGAGGGAAGGCCUAUGGCACGUGGAUGGUGGUGAACGCAAGGAGGUCCGCGAUCAUAACAUGGAAGGAUCAACUUAUCAAUCAGAAGACAAGGAAGGCUUGAAGAAGGAACAUUUGAAGGCAGAAAGUCCCACGUCUAAACAGGAAGGCCUAAGCGAUCAGGGAAGCCUGAAGGACAACGAGAGAGCUAAAGCUAACAGAACGGAAAAAACGUGGGUCAAGAGCCUCCAAGCAGAUGACGAGGGUCUGGUGGUACCCGUGAGGAGGAGAUUGAGAUAUGAGGAAGAGCUCAUCGCCAGCAAUGACCUCGAUUAUAAAGUCAAAGACGCAGGUGACCCGGAAGGUCAAGUUGACACAAAGAGCCAAGACGUAGGAACCAAGGAAGACCUGUCGGAUGAGGAGGCUGAGGAUAAGGACAGUUCAAGGUACAAGGCCUGCCUGGUCCACGUACAUGUCCAACCAAAGUGCAACAGAGAAGACGAACUGCGGGGCAGAGAUCAGGUGCACACAGGAGAUGGCCUGUCUAAGGGUGAACUCGUGAUCGACAGGAGAGACCCAGAGAUCAUGCAGCGGGACGUGAGCCGGGUAGGGGGGUCAGACUCUGAGAAGGAAGAUCAGGCCAUCGGCGGGGACGAUGAAUCUCGCCGAGGCUACGGCCUCAUGGGCGAGGAGGGAGAGGAGGAGGAGCAGCGGCCUUCGUACGAACGGGAGGAUGACGCUCAUAAAAGGGAUGGUGCCGGCGACAGCAGCAGCCUAACAGGCGAUGCACAGGGCAUGGGCGAUGAUUACAAACAGCGAGCGUCCACGAUGGAAGAUCAAAUGGCGAAGGAAGGUUUCACCGGUGGGGAAGAUGUGGGACUGAGCCACAAGAACACGUGGGCGCACGCUAUGGAUAAGAAAAGUCUGGCAAACAAAACACGGAGCCUAGACGAUGGCCAUACAUUCAAAGCGUCGGUGUAUAAUGAGCAAAGAGAGAAUGAAGAUUUGACUGGUGGGGAUGAUUUAGGACUGAGAUUUAACAAAGUUUGGGUAAGCGAUGGAGAAAAUCGUGGUUUGACGAGAAAAGCACAGAGCCUAGACGAUGGCCACACAUUCAAAGUGUCGGUGUAUAAUGAGCAAAGAGAGAAUGAAGAUUUGACUGGUGGGGAUGAUUUAGGACUGACAUUUAACAAAGUUUGGGUAAGCGAUGGAGAAAAUCGUGGUUUGACGAGAAAAGCACAGAGCCUAGACGAUGGCCACAUAUUCAAAGUGUCGGUGUAUAAUGAGCAAAGAGGGAAUGAAGAUUUGACUGGUGGGGAUGAUUUAGGACUGACAUUUAACAAAGUUUGGGUAAGCGAUGGAGAAAAUCGUGGUUUGACGAGAAAAACACAGAGCCUAGACGAUGGCCACACAUUCAAAGCGUCGGUGUAUAAUGAGCAAAGAGAGAAUGAAGAUUUGACUGGUGGGGAUGAUUUAGGACUGAGAUUUAACAAAGUUUGGGUAAGCGAUGGAGAAAAUCGUGGUUUGACGAGAAAAGCACAGAGCCUAGACGAUGGCCACACAUUCAAAGCGUCGGUGUAUAAUGAGCAAAGAGAGAAUGAAGAUUUGACUGGUGGGGAUGAUUUAGGACUGAGAUUUAACAAAGUUUGGGUAAGCGAUGGAGAAGAUCGUGGUUUGACGGGCAAAGCACCGAGCCUAGAUGAUGGCCACACAUUCCAAGCAUCUACAAAGGAACACCAACGAGAGAAUGAAGGUUUAACUGGUGGAGAUGACUUGAGACUGGGUCACAAGACUGCUUGGGCGCACGAUAUGGAUACAAACAGUCGAGCUGACCACGCACACAGCGCAGACUCUGAUUUGAAACACCAAGUGUCUCCGAAGAAAAAUAAAAUGGAGGAGGAAGGUUCCACUGAUGGAGAUGAUUUAGGACUGAGCCGCAAGAACGCAUGGGCGCACGGUCUCGAUACGAAUAGUCUAGCAGGCAACGCACCGAGUCCAGAUGAUGGCCACACAUUCAAAGCAUCAAUGUAUGAAGACCAUAGAGAGAAGGAAGGUCUUACUGGCGGGGACGAUUUAGGACUUGGCCACAAGGGUGCGUGGGUGCCCGCUAUAGACACAGAUAGUCCAGCUGACAGCGCACACAGCCCAGACUCUGACUACAAACACCAAGCGUCGACAAAGGAAAAUCAAACAGAGAAGGAAGGGUCCAUUGAUGGAGAUGAUUUAGGACUGAGCCACAGCAAAGUUUGGACACACAAUCCAGAAAAUCGUGGUUUGACGGGCAAAGCACAAAGUCUAUAUGAUGGCUACACAUUCCAAGAAUCUACAAGGGACGACCUAAGAGACCGGGAGGGUUUCACCGACCCGCGCAAUGUGGGACCAAGGCACGAGAGCGACUGGGCACGUGGCACACCACAGCCCCGCGAAGACGACGGGGAAAGGCUGCCAGAGGAGGGCAGUGAGCCAUUUAUAGGCGAAGGCCCGAGUGAUGGAAAUGGAGGCUUUGAACCGAAGCGUGGCGCAGACCGCGGCGAGGUGAAAGUCGACAACAAUGGCACGAGCAACGACGGCCCGGGCAACGGCACAAGCAACAGCAUUCUGCGCAGGAGUUUCGGGCACAGCUCCUCCGCAGAAGAGGAGCCCGCGUUCCGAGAUGAAGACGGCUUCGGAAUCGACGGCGGCGGCGGCGGCGACGAUUGGGAAGAUGUCACGGCACGCACGCCAUGGAGACACCCGCACGGCGGCGACGACGAAAACGCAAAGCCCGAGAACGUUCACAACGGUGGCUCCGGCUAUGAGGCACCGGGAGAGAAUUCCGAUGGUGAGGGGAGAGAUGACGACGAUCAGAAGAGCGACGCGGGCCACAGCGCGGCCGGGCCGGCUUCGGCGAACGCCGGCUCCAUUCCGGUGUUCAGAAGGCCCCGUCUGGCAGAUGACGAUCGCACGGCGCUGGAAAACUUGGACGACGGUCGGCCUCUGCCUGACGGCAAUAAAUCCAGAGACUCAGAUUCCGCGAAUUACCGCAUUGGUUCACGGGAGAAUGAUUUCAUCGGGUCCGGUGAAUGUCACGGGAGGGCCGAACCCCUCAACGAAAACGCUGCGCGGCUGAACGGAGGUACUGCGGCUUUGAAUGGCACCGGCUUGGAUAACCUUCCGCAAAUCCUCGACCCCCUUAAAGACGUUGAUGGCACCGUGGUUGCUGACGAAGGCAGGGGAGGCAUUGGGGCGAGCGGCCGCGCGAAUGGGGCCGAUGCCCCCGGCGCGGCGCCCGGUCACGGGGACGCGGCAUCCCGAGGCGACAGCGGCUCGACCAGCGGAGCCUCGAGCCAGCAAUGGGUGGACUAUUUCGUAGACAGCGGGUCACCAGACCACGACGAUGUUCACGGCACGUACGCGCACGUGCCGAUUGGCGGCCCCGCCGGCGGAGGCCGCGCGGCGCCGCGUGACGACGGCACGAAUCCCUUCCUCUUCGUGCACGACGCCGUCGCGCAGGAAGUAGAUGCGGACGGGCGCGCCGGGCGCGGCAUUUGGAGCGCCCUGUUCGCCGGGGGCAAGCCGUGCGCCGGGCGUUUCUUCGAAGGCCCCGACGACGACCUGGAGAAUCUUCCGGACUGGCUCAGGAGCAUCGGCCCCUCACCGAAUCCCCUGCCCCUUCCAAGGAGUUCAAGGGACCGUCCCCCACACCAGAAGCAUUGGCAGCUUUACAAAUUCCUCCCUCCCAUCAAAGAGGAGGUGGAGAUUCGCACGCGGCCGCCACCGAUCGUUAUUACUCCUCCGGCGGCCAUCACCUUGACGGCGGCGACGGCGGCGCAAAAGACGCCGGAUAUGAUUCCGCCGGCUCUGGCUUCCAACGCCGCGGGUUCACCGUUGCUGCCACGAACGCCAACCUUUGACAAGUACAAGCCACACGAGAACUUCUCGGCAAUCGUGUCCAACUCCAAGCAGUCCUACCUGGACAUGAUCUCCAAGAUCAAGACGCGGCCGUCCCGCUUCGCAAAGGAUGGGGUUUAUUUUCAAUCCAAAGAUGGGUUUGGCAAAUUACCCAUGACCAAGAGAAAGAAUUACGGUUAUUCUUUCUCCCGAUCGAUGGACAGUGCGGAAGAUCUGGAGGAGAAGUCUCCCGCGGAGGAGCAAGUCGCUCGCGAGGAUUAGCGGGCUGCGAUGGGAUUUUUAACGAGUGACACCAGCUGGUGCGGUGACCUUGAGGAGUAUCAUUUAAAAAGUGGCGUGGAAAAAGUAUUUUGAGGAGCAGUGCAAACCGAGAGGUUGGGGCAAUGAGAUUGAGUAAGCACCGUAAGAUGCCAAGGUACAUCCGCCCAUACAUCCCUCUGCGUGCGCGUGUCUGUACACAGACUUACGUGGGUAGCGGGAGUGUAGGGGCUGGCGCGCAGUGUGCUACAAACCUGGCGACCCGAGUUGGAUUCCCGCUCAUGGCUACCAACACCAGAGACGAUUAUCUGAACGGUUUCUUGGGCCUCCACUAGGUCAACUUGGUCUCAAAUGAGCAACCUGGUGCCGUGUGCAGACAUCGACGCGAGGGAGACAAAGGCGGCCGGGCGCGGUGCUGGCCACCCACCUCUCCAUGUACCGUGCCGGCCUUGAAAGGUGUCGCUCGCUCACAGCACUUGACCUCCACAGUCUGUUGUGGCUCCUCGGGGUGUCUUCGUCUUGUACACACACAGAGUACUUAGAAUGGGUGAGAAACGCGGUGUCAUCGGAAACCGGAAUGAAUGCCGUAAUUUUUAAUUAAGAUAAGCCUUCACGGCCCUUUAAGUCAGCCUACCGUUGGAUGAAGGUCUCCCCACGCCGUGUCAGUCAAAAGGGGGAUUGACCAUACUUCACCGCGCCGGUCAGCGCGGGUUUGGUCAAGUGGGGGGGAGGGGGGGGUGCCAUGCCCAGUUCAGGUACGGCGUGGUAAGGUCCCUCAUCUAGCAGCGGAUUGACAAACGGGCUGCGCGCAUACUGUACGUGGUCACGUUGGUGGUUGAAAUCAGUACUUAAGACUUAGUUGUUGGUAUUUUUUCAUUAUUUUGUCAGAGGUCAUCGAAUGUUGCCUUUAUUUUGUCGUCGUCGUCCAAGAUCCCAAAAAGGCGUUGUUGUGUAAUCACGUAACUGUCAACCCCUUAUCAGUGCCUACCUUCAUGGGAUCUCCUUUGCCAGUACCAAAAUAUGAUAAUAGGUUCUUCCCCUUUUU